AUGCGGGAGAAAAGGACUCGGGAUUUCCCAGAGGAGGAUUUGAUUAAUUUCUCUGAUGAGGAUGCAGUGGCCAUUACUUUACCUCACAAUGACACCUUGGUUAUCACUGUAUUUAUUGGUUGUUGUCGGGUAAAGCAUGUGAUGGUUGAUCCGGGGAGCUCAGCCAAUAUUCUUCACUGGAAAGCAGUAGAGGAGAUGGGCCUACUGGAGAAAAUCAUACCAGCAGCAAGGACCCUUGUCAGCUUCAAUAUGUCUAGUGAAACUACCAAAGGCGAGAUCGACUUACCAGUGGAAGCCGGAGGGGUCAUCAAAGUAACAAAGUUAUAUGUAAUCGAUGGCAAUAUGCAAUUUAAUGCAAUCUUUGGGAGGCCUUGGCUCCAUGACAUGAAGGAUCUAGAACUCACAUUAGUUGUAGUCCAACAGAUUCCGUCAGAAAACAAGAACAAUGUGGGACCGAAAGAAGUUGAAGAAGGGUACGGAGUCCCAAGAUACUUUCAUCCUCCCGACGACUCAGAUGUCACUAAGUCUACGGUUGAGGAGCUCAAACAGGUUGCCUUACAUCUAGAUCAACCUGAACGAAAGGUAUAUCUAAGCACGGGGCUGACCCCAGAGCUCAGAGAGGUAAUACUUAAUUAUUUGAGACACAACAUUGAUUGUUUUGUCUGGUCACAUAAGGAUAUAACAGGUAUACCCUCGGACAUGGCAAUACACAAGCUAGGGUUGGACUUCGGUUUUCCACCAGUGCGCCAAAAGAGGUGGCCCAUUGCUGAAGUCCAAAACAGGUUUGUCAAAGAAGAGGUAUCCGAAUUGGUUGGCAAAUGUAGUCGUAGUACCAAAGAAGGGCAAAAAAUUUGGAAUGCUUAUAGAUUUUAA